GGGGACGGGUUUUAGUGUAACACCACACGGCUGUCAAUAAGCAAGGAUGGUACUGUGUGGGGUGAGUCGACAGUUCCUGGGCAGCAGCAGCUGUGGGGCCUGGGCCAGGCUGCUGCAGAGACAGAGCAGGGGCUGUGUGUACUCCAGCAUCCAUGGCUUCAACCAGGAGGAGAUCAGAGAGAAGCUGCAGGCCUUUCCUGGAGGCUCCAUUGAUCUGCUCAAACAGGAGUCUGGUGUCGCUGUGCUGACCAUUAACAACCCCUCCCGCAUGAAUGCCUUCUCCGGCAGUAUGAUGGUGGACCUGGAGGAGACGGUGAGCCAGCUGGAGAGCUGGACAGACUGUAAAGGCCUGAUUGUGCAGGGUGCUGCUGGAACUUUCUGCUCUGGAUCGGACCUCAACGCUGUCCGGGCGAUAUCUAACCCACAGGAUGGGAUGAAGAUGUGUAUGUUCAUGCAGAAUGCUCUCACAAGACUACUCAGGUUGCCUCUGAUCUCUGUUGCUCUGGUGGAGGGGAGAGCGCUGGGAGGAGGUGCAGAACUCACCACUGCCUGCGAUUUCAGGAUAAUGGCAUCUGGCAGUGUGAUACAGUUUGUCCAUAAACACAUGGGCCUGGUCCCGGGCUGGGGCGGCGCAGCACGGCUCGUCCGCAUUGUUGGAAGCCAGAAUGCCCUGAAGUUGCUUGGUGGUGCUCUAAAAGUGGACCCUGAACUUGGCCUGCAGAUUGGACUGGCAGAUGGAGUCCUGGAGGUUCCCGCGGCAGAGGAGGGUGCAGGGACUCUGCUACAGCAGGCUGAAAACUGGCUCAGUCGCUAUACAAAGGGACCUACCCCAGUGAUCCAGGCUGUGAAGAAGGUAGUGUUGUCAGGGAGAGAGCUCCCUCUGUCAGAGGCUCUGAGGACUGAGAAGGAUGUAUUUGGGACGGUGUGGGGCGGUCCGGCAAACCUGCAGGCUCUGGCCAGCAAGUCCAAACACAAAUGAGUGUUUGUGUUCACAUGAGCUUCUCAGACAUUUUUGGAAAAAGCACUGUCCGGGCCAAAAUUGUGUGGAAGAGAACUGCUACAGACAGACUGACAUCAAUAAACUUACACAGAUCUUUGGCGUGCUGAAGACAUUUAUAAUGACUUUUUUGUAUGUAAUAAGCUGAAUGUUGUGUCUUAAAUGUGGACGGAGGUAAUGUGGAAACAAAUGGUAGUAUUUCUUCUUUGAUAGAAUUCAUCAUUUCAAUAAAUCAGCCACUUCAUUGCCUCUAAUACACUGAUAAUGAGAGAUUGCUCAUAUUAGCUGUGCUGCAGUGUCAGCUGACCUGAGAAAUUAUCUUGUGUGUGUGAUUAAUACUCUGUAGACUAAUACUGUAUAUGAAUACUUAUUUUAAGAUUUAUCCUCUUAAUUAAAGCACAUCUGUAAUUAAACAGAGCAUAUGCUG